AGACUAAGGGAUCUCGACAAUCAUCAUGAAACCAUCCCUGAACGAUUAUCAAGGAGUCCGUCGAGUGAAAGUAAUAGUUCUCAACAAGAUCUAACCUACAAUCAUAAUAUCAAUAAUAGUAGUUGUAACUUGAUGAACAACAAUACACCCGAUUUACAAAACGGAAAUUUUAUACACUCGCAAAGCGGUAGCAGUAGUUCAUCGCAAAGUCAACCGAUUCCAAGAGACGAUGUAGUACUAAAGAUGGCGGUGCUGAAAGGCGUCUAUGACCAAAUUAUGAAAGAUAUGAAACCAAAUGAUUAUGACAAAGAAUCAAGCAGCGAAGACACUAUGGAAUUCCCAGGGGGUGGGAAAAAGACGAAAUUUUCCAAGCUAAAAGAUUUUAAGUUUCUAAAAAUUGGUGACAAACAAUAA